GUACUCUUAACCCACUACAAUCCGCCACAAACAUAGCAAAGAUGUCUAGAAAAGCCGUAGGAGACGACAUAUGGAAGAACAAUGUUGAGAAAAUAAACUCAGAACUAUUCACUUUAACAUACGGAUCCGUGGUUGCCCAACUAUGUCGAGAUUUCAACAACAACUAUCACGAAGUCAACAAUCAAUUAGACAAAAUGGGUUAUAAUAUAGGAUUAAGAUUGAUUGAAGAGUUUCUUGCCAAGACUGGAGUAAGACGAUGUCAAACAUUUAAAGAAACAAGUGAAGUUAUAAGUAAAUUAGGAUUCAAAAUCUUUUUGAACAUUCAGCCUACUAUUGAAAACUGGUCUGCAGACGGGAAAUCAUGCUCUUUAAUUCUUCCUGAACCUAAUCCAUUAACUGAGUUCGUUGAAUUGCCAAUCACAGCUGAUGACAAGAUUGCCAAGGAAUUGUGGUAUUCACAAAUAUUGUGUGGAGUAUUGAGAGGAGCAUUGCAAAUGGUUCAGUUAGAUUGUGAUGUUCAAUUUGUGAAGGAUGUUUUAAGAGGUGAUGAUAGAACAGAACUUAGAUUGAAAUUAAACAAGAUUUUGAAAGACGAAGUUCCUGCUGGGGAAGAUUAAGUUAUUGCAUAUACAUAUUUAAAUACUAAGUCUAAGCUAAUGCAACACCAAAUCUUUGUUUUUCCACUUCUUCCUUGACUGGAGUAGAAUCUCCAUGAUGAGGAUAAGUGUUGUAACCAAAGUUGGUUGGAGUAUAGAAAGUAUCUCUGUCAUAUUCGUUUAAUGGUAAGCCCUUCUUGAUUCUUUCUGGCAAGUCAGGGUUGGCAAUAAAGUUUCUGCCGAAUCCAACCAAAGUUCUGUCGUCUUCAGUGUCCUUUUGGAUAGCAUUCCAACCUUCUCUGUCGUAGGUGUAGUUACCACCACGGAGAAGAACACCCUUCCAGAGCUUGUGAAUGUAAUCAAGUUCAAUGGCAGUGGUGUGGUCAGCAUCAACAAAACGACCAUCAACAACACUAAUGUAUGCUAAUCCCUUACCUUGGUCAGCUCUCUUUUGUAAUUCACUAACAAUAUAAGAGUAAUCAGCUUCAGAAGUUUCAUUAACUCCAGGAACUUGGAAAGUGUUGACUGGAGAAAGACGAACAGCCAAUUUACUUGGAUCAACAAUAGUGGAUAAGUGGUCAAUAACUUCCAAAAGUAAUCUAGCUCUGUUUUCAAUGCUACCACCGUAUUUAUCAGUUCUCUUGUUGACACCUGGGUGAAUGAAUUGUUCAAACAAGUAACCGUUAGCACCGUGUAAUUCUAAGAAGUCAAACCCGGCCUCGUCAGCUAAUUUAGCAGCAUUGGCAAAUUGGUUGUAAACAAGAUCCUUGAUAUCUUCUUCAGUCAAGGCUUUAAUUGGAUUACCAGCUUCAAUAGCAUCCUUUUCAGCUUGUUCAUGUUCAUAGUUUUCACUUGGACCAGUCAAUGGCAAUCCAUGAGCUUUCAAGAGUUGAGCACUACCAACUCUACCUAAAGCCCACAUUUGCAAAGAAAUAGCACCUCCUUGUUCAUGAACAGAAUCGGUGAUUUGUUUCCAAGCUUUAGAUUGGGUUUCAUUCCAAAUACCUGGAACAAGAGGGUAAAUACCCUGGUUAAGAGAAACCAAAGUAGCUUCAGUGACAAGUAGCCCUCCUGUGGCUGCUCUUUCAGUGUAGUAUUGCUUCAUCAAGUCAGUUGGAACAUGAUUGGCAGCUCUGUUUCUUGUGGUUGGCAAGUGUGCAAUUCUGUGCUUUAAAGUGGUUUGGCCGACUUUAAUAGAUUUGAACACUUUAGAUGCUUGUAAGAUUCCAGAAGACAUUUGGUGAUUGAUUGAUUUGUAUGUGAUGCUAAACAAGAAUUGAAUAACAACAUCACGGGCUCAUCAGGUGGUAUUUAUAGGGCCUCGUUGCGAUCGGAACGGUA